AGAAACAUUCUGAAAAAAGAGAGAGAUAAAAACAUCUCUCACUUUAUUGUCUCUCUUCAAACAUGGUUGUUUCAAACUUCACUUCAUCAUUUUCUUCUCAUUUCUUCAAUCUAUCUUCUCUCUACAAACUCACAUCCACAUCAUCUUCAUCUUCACUUCUUUUCCUAAGCCAUCACCAUCACCAUGUUCAUCACCCAACAAAACAAACCUCAAAAGCUUCAAACUUUACCAUCAAAGCUUACAUGGAAACACCAAAUUCAUUUUCAAGCAUUGCAAACAAAGUCAUUGGUGCUCUUCCUGUGAUUGGUCUGUUAGCUAGGAUAAUGAGUGAUGAAGGUGGUGUUGGUGAUGAUCUUGUUGAUUUUGCUGAGUUUAGAAGAAGGGUUGGUAAGAAUUGUACUGCUGAUGAUUCAACUGCUUUUUAUAAGUUCCAAGAUCGAAGAGGAAAGGAAGGGGAUCCUAUCUAUGUUCUGUUAUGUUGUUGGUUAGCAGCUGUUGGUGCAGGUCUUCUUAAAACUGAGGAGAUUUUGGAAGGAGUUGCUAGGCUUCGAAUCUCGGACGACAUCGAAUUUGAAGAACAGACCUUCAUAGCUUUGAUGGAUGAAGCAAGAGAGAGAAGGGCAAAACUAAAGGGUGCACCGCCUGCAGUCCCGAUGGAGGUUCGAGUUGAGAAGGCGCUCGAUGCAAUCUAUGUGUGUUGCUUUGGAAAGGACUCUAUAGAGGAACAAGAUGAGAGAUUGUUGAGUAUAAUACUGAGUUCUGUUUUCCCGUCAGUUCAAAGACAAGAGAUUCGUCGCAUGGUUAAAAACAUGGCGGAGAAAGUCGAAGAAGGAGGUAUGGAUUAUAUUCCAGAUGCUGCCAAGCCUCUAUCAAAAGAAGCUGUUGAAAUGCAAAUGAAAGACCUUAACUUCCUUAAACAAAAUAGUGAUACUUAAAGAAGUGAAGUUUGAGUAAUUUUUGACACAUAAUGUAUUGAAUGAAAUUAUAUUACAAGUUGUUUUAGGCAAAAGCUGCUCACAGGGGGGGAAAUUGACAGUGAUACUAUAUAUUUUUUCUGUUGUUUUUUCACUAUGAAUCUCAUACACGACGUGCGACAAAAAACAAAAUUAAUUGUAUGUAAUCACAAAUGUCAGUGUCAUGUUGUGUCUGUGUAUUGGAUACAGACACGUUGAAUACAUUUUUAAUAUGACAUGUCAGUGUUGCAUA